AGUAAGAGUGUGUAGAGUAUUCAGCUUUUUAUGCUCAACCUGACAGUGCUGGCUCACGGUCUCUUUCAACAACAUGAAAAACUUCAGUAUUCAGAGUUUCUCAGUGAUGAUGAUGAUUGUGGUGGUUUAUGCAGCAUCACUCUCACAACAUCAAAGCAAAAGAGUUAGGCAGAAACGAAGUCAUGAUGGAUGUACUAACGCCAGUGCUAACAAUCUCAGACACCUAAUUCAUGAAGACGCAAAUCUGAUGUUACACAAUAUGACAGAAGAGGAAAACAGCGAAAUGAUUCCAUGGAUAACUGGAUUAAAAACAUGUGUGAAAGAGUUCUCCUGUCUCGCUGAGAAGGCUCUGAACCAAAGCAAAAACCACAAAUUAAAAAGACUCACCCAUCACUUGCAUCAGUACAACAAGCUCAAUGAGACAGACUGUCACCUGAAGGAGCACCCCAAAUGUACUGUGCACAGAGUUCUUGAGGACAUCAAGACAUGUAUUGUCAAGUGUCCUGGGAAAAACUGAGCAAUCACCCCACAAAUUAUUACGAGUGAUCACGUGUUAUUUAAGUAAAUUAUUCUAUUUAUCGUGUGCCCAGUUGGCUCAGUGGGUAGAGCUGGCAACCCACGUACCGAGGCUGAGUCCUUGCUGCAGUAGCCCAGGGUUUGAAUCUGACUGGCGGGCCUUUGUUAUGUGACUUUACUUUAAAAAAAAUUAUUCUAUUUAUUGUAAAAUGCUCUAUUUAUUUUCUUACAAAUGUUAUUUUUGCAUUUUAUUUGUAUUCAAACACCAAUAAAUUAUGUGACAGUG